AUGAGCUGGUCCUUCUACGCUGGCACAACGACUCUUGUUGCUGUCAUCCUUUAUGUUUACAUCCGGUCCAAUGAUAAGAAAUUAUGGAGUACACCCGCGAGAGCGCUGGAGGUGUCACCGAGGAGGAUUACAGAGGAGGAUGUAGAGGAACUGAAGGAGCGGAUGAAUCAGAUGGGUGAAAGGAGACAUUCUGCCGAGGCCGAGACCUCACCAAAGACAGGGAGGAAGUAUAUCGUUGUUGGUGGGGCGGGCUUCCUCGGAGGUUGGAUCGUAAUACAACUUCUUCAACGCGGCGAAGAUCCCAAAAACAUCCGUGUGUUGGAUAUCCGAUUACCUGCGAGGCGUGAUUUGAAGUAUGGAAUCGGGAAGGAUGUUGAAUAUCUUGUGUUAGAUGUGAGUGAUAGGGAGGCCGUGAAAAAUGCGUUUAAGAAGCCUUGGCCUGAUGCAGACGCGUCUCCUUCUCCCUCCAUACCAAUAACAAUCUUCCACACAGCAGCCAACAUUCGGUUCUACGAACGUUCCGCUUCUCUUUUACACAACUCAACGAGAGUUAACGUCGACGGGACGCAGAAUAUCAUCGAUGCUGCACUCGAAAUCGGCGCCUCUACGCUUAUUUAUACUUCUUCUGGCUCCGUAGGCGUGCGAGCGUCGAGGUUUCUACUGUGGCCUUGGGAGAAGGAGCCGAAUAAUUUCGUACAGAAUUUGAAUGAUGACGAUGCGCUGUUGCCGAAGAAACAUACCCAGUUCUUUUCGAACUAUGCUUACUCAAAGUAUCUAGCGGAGAAACGCGUUAGGGAGGCGGAUAAAUCUACAUUAAACUCACGACAACAAAGUUAUCGUCUCCGCACAGGCUGCAUCCGCCCAGGCAACGGUAUCUUCGGUCCUGGCGGGGACAUGCUCUGUGGGGCAUACCUCGUGCGCCAGACAAAUCCAACCUGGAUAUCGAAUAUUGUUUCCCAUUUCGUGUACGUGGAAAAUUGUGCAGCAGCGCAUUUGUGUUAUGAGCAGCGGCUUAUAGAAGUAGAGCGACAACGCGGUGUUAAUUUAGAAGUUGCAGAUAUCUCAAGUCCGAAUAUUCCUCCUCGUUUUCCAGACAUCGGCGGUCAAGCGUUCACUAUAACCGACCCAGGUCCUCCACCCACAUACGGCGACGUCUACCUUACUCUUGAAACACUCACCAACGGACAAACGUUCUUUCCGGAGAUAUCGCCUACGCUGAUGAUCUUCAUCGCCUACAUCAUCGAGUGGUACUACCUCCUGAGAGCUUUUCUACUCUCCUUUCUUCUGGAGCUUUCUUCCGUGUCUUCAGGCGUACCAAACAAACCACUUUCAAAUUUCUUCUCCAAACUAAUUCAACUGAACAAUUUCCUCCUCCCAUCCGUAAACAAGGACCUCGUUAAUCUCCAACCCUCGUUGUUCAAUCUAACCAUGGUUCACCUGAUAUUCGAUGAUUCCCGCGCCAGGAUGAAGCCGGAACAGGGCGGACUGGGAUAUCAGGGUAGGUGGAACACAGCAGAGGGUUUGUGGAAGACUUGGGAUGCACAUCGGAAAGAAGUUGAAAUAUAUGAGAAGGAGAGAAAGGACGGCGUGAUUCGGUUGGAUAAUCAAAUAAGGAGUGAUGGCGCUGGUGUGAGCUUUGGGUUUGGGAUGGUUAGAGGGCAGAGAGGAGUUUCAAAAGUUGUAGAAAAGGUGCAGAGGGUGGAGGAAAAGGUACAGAGGGUGGAGACAAAAUUUGAGGAAGUGACAACUUAA